AUGGCUUAUGAACGACGACGUUUAUCAACAGAAAGUGAUAGAUCAUCAACAAGUACGAAUCAUUCAUCAGAAUCAAAUACAGCAUACAACGCUGUUUCACCAACUAUUGUUCAUCCAAUCAUUCCUACUGACCAGAAAUUAUCUAUAUUAACAAUAAAACAACAACCCAUAAAUAUCCCAAAAAGAAUUUCAGUGACAGGUUCACCAGCUGAACAAAUAUUAGCACGUACAAAAAAUACAUUUUUUGAUUUAAAUCCCUACUUUCAAUGUUCAUCAUUACCAACACAUUGGAGAAAAAAUAAAUCACUUCGAUUUAUUAUACGUGCAAAACAACAAAUAGAUAUAAAACAAAAUACACGUGUUAUUCUUCUUGCUGGUAAUGAUUAUAAUCCAUGUGCAGCACUUAAAAACAAUAUUAGUUGGUUUCGAAGUGGUCAAGCAGAAUUUAAUGAUUUACGAUUUUUAGGCGCUAGUGGAAGAGGUAAAAAGUUUACAUUAACAAUAAUUAUUGAAACAACUCCACCGCAACAAUGCACUUAUCGUCGUGCAAUCAAAAUAACAGUCGAUGGUCCAAGAAAGAAACGUGAAUUGAAAAGUAAGUCAGAUGGGAAUGAAAUGCAAGCAGACGAUUCGAAUGGUGAAGGUGAAUCGGAUUAUGAAACAACUACUUCAACGUCAAUUGAAACAAAAUCAUCCAUUAGUCAAGGAUCAUCUGGAUUGCUAUUACUUGCUGCUGCAGCUGAGCAAAAACGAAAAGAUGAAGAAGUUGAUCCACAUAAACGUCCAUUUCAAUCGGCUCCAAUGCUAAUAACAAAUCCAUCAAAAUUAAGUGAUACAAGUUUUCCAAUAAUAAAUUGUCUUUCUCCAUCAUCAUCAUUAGCUUCACGAUUUUCUCAAUCCGUAGCUUUUUCUCCUACAUCAUCAUCACUCGAUGAUUUGAAUUCUCGUUUAUCACAUCAUACUCUUCUAUCUAAUCAAAAUCCUGAUAGAACAACAGUUCCAUUAAUAUCAAGUUUACCAACAUCAAAUUUAAUAUUUAGUAUAUCACAAACACCAAAUCAUUAUGAAUAUUUUAAUCCAAAACAAGAAAGACAUGAUCAACAACCUGUUGUUCAACCAACAAAUACUAAUACUUCAUCAACAACUACAACAACUACACAUGUAUUAUGUCGAUAA